AAACAAAAAAAAGGAAACACCGCCACAAUUUCCAUCAUACCAAAACAAAAACAAUAAUACUCAUCUUCUUCAAUCAAUGAACUUCAAUCACAUUGCAAUACACACUGUGAAGAAGAAGAAGAACAAAAACCAUGUCAAUCUCAAAAUUGAAAGCUUACACCAAUCUCCUCUGCCGACGCAACCACCAAAACAGCGUCGUUUUCACCACGCGCCGCCGUCAGGUGACAUGCACGGCGGGGAUCCUCCUCUUUCUGACGACGGCGUACAUUUUCUGGCCGACGGAUCCCGAUCUGAAGAUCGUGCGGCUGAAGCUGAAGCGGAUCAAGGUGCAUCGGUUUCCGCGCGUGACGGUGGACAUCUCCAUGAUCCUCACGCUGAUGGUGAGCAACGCCGGCGUGUACUCCAUGGAUUUCGGCGCGGUGGACGUGGUGGUUGCGUAUAGGGGGAAGGCGCUGGGGCACGUGACGUCGGAGCACGGGCACGUGAGUGCGAGAGGAUCGUCCCACGUGGACGCUGACGUGGAAUUUGAGGGGAUUGGUGUGGUCCCUGAUAUGGUGAUGUUGCUGGAGGACGUGGCUAAGGGUAUGGUGCCCUUUGAUACUGUUAGUGAGGUUAGGGGCCAAAUGGGGCUUCUCUUCCUUCACUUCCCAAUGCAGGCAAAACAAUCAUGUGAAAUUUUGGUCAGUACAUUAAACCAUACAAUUAUUCGCCAACAUUGUCUUCGCGAGUGAUGAACUCGAGAGCUAGCCAAAAACCGCACAAGGUCUGCGAAGUUAAAUGUCAAUUAUCCCUCUCUCCAUGUGUAUGUUUUUGUUACAUAGGAAAAGCUCUCUCCAUGUGUAUAAUUAUUUAAGUUAUUUAUAAUGAUAAUUAUUUGUAAAUUGUAAACUAUGAGGUGGCUGAACGUGAAGAUAUUAGAAUUAUCUAAAAUAAAUUAGGUUACAAGAAUUGUUACAAUAAA